CCGCGCCGACGGCGCAGCCUCAGCAGCAGCUGAUGCUGUAUACAAAGGAGGGGAAGCCCGCAGGGUACAACACGAAGUGGGAUGAGCUCCACGCCGACUCGCAGAAGGCGCUGCUUCAGAUCGAGGAUAAAAUACGGGAGUACAAGGACGAGAGUGAAAGGUUGGAUCAGUGCAGUCGCCUUCAUGACUCCUCAAUCUCGAAUGUCAAUUUUGAGCUCGAUGCAAGUCACAUUGCUCAGGAACUCGCAGGGACUGCAACCGUAAUUGAGAGAGAGAAGGCAUCUGUUCAGGAGUUGAUGACUGUUGUCAAUGAAAUGAUGUGGAACACAGAAUUUGCUAUUCGCUCAUAUAUGAUGUUGAGACCAAGGUUCCUCAAAUCAGCCACAGGUUCUUCAAAUCCUUCUGGACCUGCUGGAGCUCUGCCCAAUCAGCCUGGACCAACCAAUGAUUUCUAUAGUGGCGUCCCAAAGAGGCCUUCCCUUUUUAUGCUGCAAACUGUCAACAAGUUUGAGAAGUAUCUUGACGAAUGCUGCAAGUGGAUUACUGAACUAGAGCAGCUGGUUCAAAUCGAGAGCAAUAAAAGAUCAUCAUCUUCUGUGGAAUCUCUACCAAAAGUUAUGUCGAAUGUGCAUGACUAUUUCAUCUAUGUCGCUUCAAAGGUGGAAAAUCUUCAUCAGUAUGUUGUGUCGAUGAAAACUGAAUAUCUACAUGGUCAGCGCCGUCUGGGCAAUGCAAAUGAUCCAUUUCUAGAGGCAAAUAGAAGAGAAGCAGCCAAAGAAGAAGCAGCUGCCAAAAGGGUCCAUCCGACAUUGCACUUGCCUGCUCCUGUACAGCCCACAACACAAGUUGCUGCACCAGCAACAAGCCAACCACAGCAAUCUUUGCUCCCUUCUGGAGGAACUUCCUCGAGUCCCUUCACAGCUUUUAGCAUGCCGGCCUCUGCUCCAUCCACUUCAAGUCUCUUUUCAACACCAACAACUUCAAGUCUCACAACUAACCUUUUCGGUACAACUGGAUCAGCCUCGCUGUCCACACCAUUUGGGACAUCCUCCACUCCCACUCUUGGAUCAACACCAACUCCGUCUGGAUUUGGGGGUAUCACCCCAUCUUUUCCUUCAACACCUGCUUUAACUGGAACUUCACUAUUCUCUACGCCAUUUGGAGGUGGUGCUACAGCUUCCGGGUCCAGCUUUGGUGGCACAUCUAAAGGGAGGUCAAAGGCCCGAGGCCGGCGCUAGACGUGACUGAUCGGCCGUGAAAUGCGGGCGGGCGCCUCUUGUAUCUCCUGUCUACUGAGGAAAAAAAACUUGUAAUUAAUUUUCCAGGCAAUUCUACCGGUGGAGCUUGGGUGACUAUCUAUCUUGUCAAUUGCCUGGUACCAGAUUCAUUUGUCUAACGCCUGUUGUUAGCAUCGUUCUGCCUGUGGACUAUCUAUCUCAGUGCUAACAGAGCUAAGCUUCCUAUUUUUAGAGGCAAAGGUUGUAAACUUGUAAUGGCACAACUAGUUUGUGAUUGUCAUUGCAGAACCUUGGUCUUGCAGCCUGUCUAGUGUUUUAUUUAUUUUGUCA